CCAAACUCUGCCAUUCUCCAUAGCCCAGAGUUACAAGCACACUGAGGAGACCCAGCACAGUGUGACAGAAAGAGAGAGAGAGAGAGCAAGUGACAAAGUAACUAAUAAAACCAGAAAAAUAUACAGUGAGGCUUCGUUCCUCGAGAAAGAACGACAGAGCACACGAAUACCUUCAAGUUUGGUUAAGAAAACGUGGUGGAAAACUUUUCUGGGCUGUGGCAGAAAGCUGUGGACCGCGGAAGAUGCCAGAGCAAAGGUGUUGAACUUUCCAGGAAAGAACAAGGGCUGGCACGGUCCACGCUAGGGGACAGGUGAAGAAGUAACACAUUUAGAGAUGGCUGAUGAACAGGACACAAGGGAAGUGCUUUUCCCACAGUGGAUGGGCCCUGAUAAGCUUGGGCUCACCAUAGAACAAAAAGGUCAAGGAGAGAUUUUUGUCAAAGAGGUGAAAGAUGAGUCCGCUGCUGCACAUACUGGGAAAGUAUAUGAAGGUGACCAGAUUGUGGGGGCCACCAUUUACUUCGACAACAUGAGCUCAGACGAAACAGCUGAACUACUAAAGACUCUAAACCGACAUAAGGUUGGACUAAAAUUACAAAACAAGACUGGAGACAAGUCACCUUGCCGUUCUCCAAUGGGGACAUUGUCAUGGGAAGGACGUGGAGGGUUAGGAGGCUCUAGUUCAGACAUUUUCCUGAGUGGGGAUGACGAAGACUAUAAGAGAAUCUACACUAAAAAAAUUAAACCUAGACUAAAGUCUGAGGAUCUUGCUGAGGGUGUUGAUGUGCGCACAGAACGUCACAGCAGCACAAGUAGUGAUGGCUGCACCAUUACUACAAUCACACGUCGAAUAACUACCUACACUGUGGAUGUGCCUGGGGGGACUAGUCAGCAGACUGAUCACUCAAGCCCUGAGUACAAAAUUCAGGUCUUGCAGCAUGAGCAGUCGGAGGGGGAUCCUACUCAAAUCAGAUUACCACAUAGUAACCUUGUUAGUGGUGUACACGGAGGUAAAAAAAUGGGUGACAUAUCUCUUAGCGGGCCCCAUAUCACUGGCUCCUCUGUGAAGCACUGUAGCACAGGAUCUUCCAAAACAGCUAGUGAAUUAGAUGGUAGUGGGAAAGAGAUUACAUUUAAUGUGUCAGACACUGGACUGUCAGGUGGAAGAGGACAGAGGGUGAUAGAACAUUUUGGAAGGACUGAAGCUUCUGCAGGCAGUAGUGAUCACUCUGGCAAAGUAACCAUGGGGUUAGACAAAGACGUGAAACAUAUUUAUUCUCCACUGGAAGCUGGUUUUAAAGCUUCAAGUAUAAUGGGAGGAACUGAGUUUUCUACAGUAAAGGACACUCAUGUUUCAGGUUUUUCCAUUAGUGGAGAUACAGGGCACAGUAUUGGCAGGGAAUCUUUGUAUAAAGUGCAUCAGGAUGGGUCAGAUGAUAUAACCAAAUUGUCUAAAGUUAGCAUAGAUGUUCAAAGACCCAAGGAAGGUCCAAAUGUAGAAGUGAAUUUUCACAAUCAAAAUCUUAAAGAUGUUAGUCAGAGAGGUUUUAGCCUAACUGGGAAUCAGGAAAUUUCAGCUCAGGAACCUGAUACAGUAGUAAGUCUCCCCAAAGCUGAUGUUAAAAUCACACCACCAGAUAUGGACAUCAGGGCUCCAGAGCUUAAAAUUGAAGGACAUAAGGGUAUAGUCAAAGAUGUCAAAUUUGAUGUGCCAUCAAUUACUGGUCAGAGAAUUUCUAUGCCAGAUGUGGAUUUGAAAGGACAAAAAGCGAAAGAUGUUAAUGUGUCUGCUCCAAAUGUUGUUGGGUAUGUUACAGCAUCAAAAGUUGAAAUUAAAGGACCUGAUGUUGAGGGUGUCAAAGGCGACUUUACUGUUCCAAAGGUCAAAAUACCCUCAUUUGGAAUAAAAACUUCAGAAGUGAAGGGUCCUGAUGUUGAUGUAAAUCUUGCAAAAGCCAAAAUGGAGAUUAAAGCACAACAUGUGGAUAUCAAGACUCCAGAGCUUAACAUUGAGAGAUCUGAAGGAAAAGUCAGAGAUCCCAAAAUUAAAAUGCCAUCAAUCUCUGGUCCUAAGAUUUCGGUGUCUGACAUGAACUUAAAUGUAAAAGGGUCAACACUGAAAGAUGACAUCAAUGUGUCUGCUCCAAAACUAGAAGGAGAUGUUAAGGCACCUAAGAUUGAAUUUGAAGGCCCAGAACUUCAAGAUACCGAUGGUGGUUUUAAAAUACCAAAAAUCAAAAUGCCUUCAUUUGGAAUCCGUGCUUCAAAAGUGGAGGGCCCUGAUGUUGACGUAAAUCUUCGCAAAGCUGACAUGGAAAUUAAAGCUCCGCAUGUGGACAUCAAAAGUCCAGAGCUUGACAUUGAGGGAUGUGAGGGAAAAAUCAACAGCUCCAAAUUCAAAAUUUCUAUGCCAGACGUUGACUUCAACCUGAAAGGUCCAAAACUGAAAGGUGAUCUUGACGCUUCCGUUCCUAAAGUGGAAAGAGAUAUUAAAGCACCAAAAGUUCAAAUUGAAGGCCCAGACAUUGAAGGACCCGAGGGUGGUUUUAAGAUGCCAAAAAUGAAAAUGCCAUCAUUUGGACUGAAGGGUCCAAAAAUGCAGGGUCCAGAUGUUGAUGUGAAAAUCCCUACAGCCGAUAUUGAAGUUAAGGCACCAGAUGUGGACAUCAAAGCUCCAGAGUUUGACAUUGAAGGACCUGAUGGAAAAAUCAAGGGCUCCAAAUUCAAGAUGCCAACAAUCUCUGGUCCAAAGAUUUCUAUGCCAGACGUUGACUUCAGCCUGAAAGGUCCAAAGAUGAAAGGUGAUGUUGACGUGUCCGUUCCUAAAGUGGAAGGAGAUAUUAAAGCACCCAAAGUUGAAAUUGAAGGCACAGACAUUGAAGGACCCGAGGGUGGUUUUAAGAUGCCAAAAAUGAAAAUUCCCUCGUUCGGACUGAAGGGUCCAAAAGUGCAGGGUCCAGAUGUUGAUGUGAAAAUCCCUACAGCCGAUAUUGAAGUUAAGGCACCAGAUGUGGACAUCAAAGCUCCAGACUUUGACAUUGAAGGACCUGAUGGAAAAAUCAAGGGCUCCAAAUUCAAGAUGCCAACAAUCUCUGGUCCAAAGAUUUCUAUGCCAGACGUUGACUUCAACCUUAAAGGUCCAAAGAUGAAAGGUGAUGUUGACGUGUCCAUUCCUAAAGUGGAAGGAGAUAUCAAAGCACCAAAAGUUGAAAUUGAAGGCCCAGACAUUGAAGGACCCGAGGGUGGUUUUAAAAUGCCAAAAAUGAAAAUGCCAUCAUUCGGAAUGAAGGGUCCAAAAGUGCAGGGUCUAGAUGUUGAUGUGAAAAUCCCUACAGCCGAUAUUGAAGUUAAGGCACCAGAUGUGGACAUCAAAGCUCCAGAGUUUGACAUUGAAGGACCUGAAGGAAAAAUCAAGGGCCCCAAAUUCAAGAUGCCAACCAUCUCUGGUCCAAAGAUUUCUAUGCCAGACAUUGACUUCAACCUGAAAGGUCCAAAGAUGAAAGGUGAUGUUGACGUGUCCGUUCCUAAAGUGGAAGGAGAUAUCAAAGCACCAAAAGUUGAAAUUGAAGGCCCAGACAUUGAAGGACCCGAGGGUGGUUUUAAGAUGCCAAAGUUCAAAAUGCCAUCAUUCGGAAUGAAGGGUCCAAAAGUGGAGGGUCCAGAUGUUGAUGUGAAAAUCCCUAAAGCCGAUAUUGAAGUUAAGGCACCAGAUGUGGACAUCAAAGCUCCAGACUUUGACAUUGAAGGACCUGAUGGAAAAAUCAAAGGCCCAAAAUUCAAGAUGCCAACAAUCUCUGGUCCAAAGAUUUCUAUGCCAGACGUUGACUUCAACCUGAAAGGUCCAAAGAUGAAAGGUGAUGUUGACGUGUCCGUUCCUAAAGUGGAAGGAAAUAUCAAAGCACCAAAAGUUGAAAUUGAAGGCCCAGACAUUGAAGGACCCGAGGGUGGUUUUAAGAUGCCAAAGUUCAAAAUGCCAUCAUUCGGAAUGAAGGGUCCAAAAGUGGAGGGUCCAGAUGUUGAUGUGCAAAUCCCUAAAGCCGAUUUUGAAGUUAAGGCACCAAAUGUGGACAUCAAAGCUCCAGACUUUGACAUUGAAGGACCUGAAGGAAAAAUCAAGGGCCCCAAAUUCAAGAUGCCAACCAUCUCUGGUCCAAAGAUUUCUAUGCCAGACGUUGACUUCAACCUGAAAGGUCCAAAGAUGAAAGGUGAUGUUGACGUGUCCCUUCCUAAAGUGGAAGGAGAUAUUAAAGCACCAAAAGUUGAAAUUGAAGGCCCAGACAUUGAAGGACCCGAGGGUGGUUUUAAGAUGCCAAAAAUGAAAAUGCCAUCAUUCGGACUGAAGGGUCCAAAAGUGCAGGGUCCAGAUGUUGAUGUGAAAAUCCCUACAGCCGAUAUUGAAGUUAAGGCACCAGAUGUGGACAUCAAAGCUCCAGAGUUUGACAUUGAAGGACCUGAAGGAAAAAUCAAGGGCCCCAAAUUCAAGAUGCCAACCAUCUCUGGUCCAAAGAUUUCUAUGCCAGACGUUGACUUCAACCUGAAAGGUCCAAAGAUGAAAGGUGAUGUUGACGUGUCCCUUCCUAAAGUGGAAGGAGAUAUUAAAGCACCAAAAGUUGAAAUUGAAGGCCCAGACAUUGAAGGACCCGAGGGUGGUUUUAAGAUGCCAAAAAUGAAAAUGCCAUCAUUCGGACUGAAGGGUCCAAAAGUGCAGGGUCCAGAUGUUGAUGUGAAAAUCCCUACAGCCGAUAUUGAAGUUAAGGCAUCAGAUGUGGACAUCAAAGCUCCAGAGUUUGACAUUGAAGGACCUGAAGGAAAAAUCAAGGGCCCAAAAUUCAAGAUGCCAACAAUCUCUGGUCCAAAGAUUUCUAUGCCAGAUGUUGACUUCAAUCUGAAAGGUCCAAAGAUGAAAGGUGAUGUUGACGUGUCCGUUCCUAAAGUGGAAGGAGAUAUCAAAGCACCAAAAGUUGAAAUUGAAGGCCCAGACAUUGAAGGACCCGAUGGUGGUUUUAAGAUGCCAAAGUUCAAAAUGCCAUCAUUCGGAAUGAAGGGUCCAAAAGUGGAGGGUCCAGAUGUUGAUGUGAAAAUCCCUAAAGCCGAUAUUGAAGUUAAGGCACCAAAUGUGGACAUCAAAGCUCCAGACUUUGACAUUGAAGGACCUGAAGGAAAAAUCAAGGGCCCAAAAUUCAAGAUGCCAACAAUCUCUGGUCCAAAGAUUUCUAUGCCAGAUGUUGACUUCAACCUGAAAGGUCCAAAGAUGAAAGGUGAUGUUGACGUGUCCAUUCCUAAAGUGGAAGGAGAUAUCAAUGCACCAAAAGUUGAAAUUGAAGGCCCAGACAUUGAAGGACCCGAGGGUGUUUUAAGAUGCCAAGAGUUCAAAAUGCCAUCAUUCGGAAUGAAGGGUCCAAAAGUGGAGGGUCCAGAUGUUGAUGUGAAAAUCCCUAAAGCCGAUAUUGAAGUUAAGGCACCAAAUGUGGACAUCAAAGCUCCAGACUUUGACAUUGAAGGACCUGAAGGAAAAAUCAAGGGCCCAAAAUUCAAGAUGCCAACAAUCUCUGGUCCAAAGAUUUCUAUGCCAGAUGUUGACUUCAACCUGAAAGGUCCAAAGAUGAAAGGUGAUGUUGACGUGUCCAUUCCUAAAGUGGAAGGAGAUAUCAAUGCACCAAAAGUUGAAAUUGAAGGCCCAGACAUUGAAGGACCCGAGGGUGGUUUUAAGAUGCCAAAGUUCAAAAUGCCAUCAUUCGGAAUGAAGGGUCCAAAAGUGGAGGGUCCAGAUGUUGAUGUGAAAAUCCCUGAAGCCGAAAUUGAAGUUAAGGCACCAGAUGUGGACAUCAAAACUCCAGACUUUGACAUUGAAGGACCUGAAGGAAAAAUCAAGGGCCCCAAAUUCAAGAUGCCAACCAUCUCUGGUCCAAAGAUUUCUAUGCCAGACGUUGACUUCAACCUGAAAGGUCCAAAGAUGAAAGGUGAUGUUGACGUGUCCGUUCCUAAAGUGGAAGGAGAUAUCAAUGCACCAAAAGUUGAAAUUGAAGGCCCAGACAUUGAAGGACCCGAGGGUGGUUUUAAGAUGCCAAAGUUCAAAAUGCCAUCAUUCGGAAUGAAGGGUCCAAAAGUGGAGGGUCCAGAUGUUGAUGUGAAAAUCCCUAAAGCCGAUAUUGAAGUUAAGGCACCAGAUGUGGACAUCAAAGCUCCAGAGUUUGACAUUGAAGGACCUGAAGGAAAAAUCAAGGGCCCAAAAUUCAAGAUGCCAACAAUCUCUGGUCCAAAGAUUUCUAUGCCAGAUGUUGACUUCAAUCUGAAUCCAAAGAUGAAAGGUGAUGUUGACGUGUCCGUUCCUAAAGUUGAAGGAGAUAUCAAAGCACCAAAAGUUGAAAUUGAAGGCCCAGACAUUGAAGGACCCGAGGGUGGUUUUAAGAUGCCAAAGUUCAAAAUGCCAUCAUUCGGAAUGAAGGGUCCAAAAGUGGAGGGUCCAGAUGUUGAUGUGAAAAUCCCUAAAGCCGAUAUUGAAGUUAAGGCACCAAAUGUGGACAUCAAAGCUCCAGACUUUGACAUUGAAGGACCUGAAGGAAAAAUCAAGGGCCCAAAAUUCAAGAUGCCAACAAUCUCUGGUCCAAAGAUUUCUAUGCCAGAUGUUGACUUCAACCUGAAAGGUCCAAAGAUGAAAGGUGAUGUUGACGUGUCCGUUCCUAAAGUGGAAGGAGAUAUCAAUGCACCAAAAGUUGAAAUUGAAGGCCCAGACAUUGAAGGACCCGAGGGUGGUUUUAAGAUGCCAAAGUUCAAAAUGCCAUCAUUCGGAAUGAAGGGUCCAAAAGUGGAGGGUCCAGAUGUUGAUGUGAAAAUCCCUAAAGCCGAUACUGAAGUUAAGGCACCAGAUGUGGACAUCAAAGCUCCAGACUUUGACAUUGAAGGACCUGAAGGAAAAAUCAAGGGCCCAAAAUUCAAGAUGCCAACCAUCUCUGGUCCAAAGAUUUCUAUGCCAGACGUUGACUUCAACCUGAAAGGUCCAAAGAUGAAAGGUGAUGUUGAUAGCCGUUCCUAA